AUGUCUCUCAGCGGCGACCAAGGACUUUCCAGCAAGGACCGCAUCGUCCUCUCUCGAAUGCCAACUGGUCUUCGGUCUCGAGAAACGCCAUCACCGCGCCAUCCUCCCGUUCCGCUGUCCUUGCCCAAUUCUUCUCCAGCUCAGCUUCUCCUGCUGAAACCAAGAUCAAGAACAGUCAACACGAAUGCAUCACCCGUAACGCCAAUUACUCUGGACAGUGAAAGCCGAAAGAGGUCCUGGGUCAACAGCGCGUCGAAACAUCUUGGGUUGUCAAAGCUGCGUCCGAAGGCGAGCUUUUCACGAGGGCGGGUCGCGAAUAUGAAUCCAACUGCCGCGUCGGGGACGUCCUCGACAACAAGACUCAACGUACAACCUCACAACUUGUCCGGAAGCUCUCGCUCGCCUGUUCCGGCUCCACUGAGUCGUCCACGUCUUCAACGUCCUCCAGAUAAACCGCUUCCAAGUCUUCCUGUCGCAACCGUCAACACCAAAUCACCUGUCCGCAGAUCCCUCAUCGACUGCACUGAAAGACCUCUUCGGCGGUCUCUAACCCCUCCUGAUGGCGGAGUUCCACAGCAGGAAGACUGGCCGACAAUUGAGCCAACAAAGCCCGACAUCGCCAUCCCAUCUCGAGCGACCCAGUCUCGGGUUAAACCAAGUCUAAGCGGGAGCUUGUAUGAAGGCAUGCGAGCAUUGGACUUAGGAGACGAUAAAGAAAACGUUGUUCGAACUGAACCCAACGCCAAAUCGGAAAAGAAUGCCACCGCUUCCGAGGGGGCUGGAUUGGUGUCAGAUGGAAACCAUGUUCAAGAGACUAAUUUAGCAGUCGCUGCUGGUGGUGCUACAUCCCGUCCUCUCUCCUCAAGCCAGCUUCCAAAACCUCGCGACUCUCUGCUCCAAUCAUUGUCUCGUCAUGUCGGUUCCCCUGUCACUCGUCAAACCAAGACCUCAGCCCUGCGACUUCAUCAGGCAAAGGCAAUCGGGGGAUUCGGUGGAAGGAAGACCGAGAGCAGGGAUCAUAUUCCACCUAUCCGUGAGCGAGCUGAGUCUCCUUCGGUUUCGCGUUCGAAGCAAUCCUUUCCUGGAGUGCCGGUCCGUACACAUUCCCGUAAUCGCUACGGUGUUACAGGGCGUGGCUCUCCAUAUACAAUCCCCUCCCGCUCCAAGUCAGGUCGCAAGACGGCUUCAGGAGACGAGACCGGUAUUGAUCAAAGAGCUUUUCGCGGUCCGGCCGACGAUCAAGGGUUCGAUGAUGGCCAGGAUGGAACUACGGCUCCAAAACCGACUUCACUGAGACAAGAGGGCCGCAAGAGUUCGCUUCCUUUGCCCACUCGGCUUACGUGUCAAUCAAUAGAAGAAAGCAGCCAAGGGAAUGUGCGCGAAAACUCUCCUGCAGAGCCCUUCAUGAGCAUUGCCGUGAACAAAACCUCCGUCACACACGAGCUCCCAGGUCAUCCUGUUGGAAACUUUGCCGGCAACGGAGCCGCUGAUAAGGGCGACCCAUCUGAACUCACCGCCAAAGAUAAAGCCAAGCUUUUGAAUGUCAAAGAACUGCUAUCUACAACCGCUCCCCGCGAGGACGAGUCCUUCGUUGACAGUGAUGGUGAAUCUGGAGUCAGCAUCCAUGGUUAUGACUCCUUCGGGGGUUACCGAGUUCGACGCGUUCGGAAUGGGUCUAAGAUGGGACCGACUCUUCGCAUCACAGAUUCUGCGAGUCGAGUUCUGCUGGGAAGGGUCGAUGACAAUACCUUAGGCAUGCAAAGUCCCACACCAGCCUUGAGACACAAGGGAAGCGCUCCUGAUAUUGGCUCCCCACGCCUUGCAAACGACCAGGUCCGACGAUCCAGCGCCAUUUUUGGCCGCUCUAUGCCUCUUGUGAGAAACCUCACAGACCGAUCUCUAAAUCAACACGAAGACGCAGAUCAAGACGAGACGCACAACCCCAUCGGUGAGGAGAGCUCUGUCAAUCCCGUUGCGCGUGCAGAGCUUCCCGGUGAUGGCAUUGAUUUCGAGACGGGCUUGCUCAGAGACUUACAUACCAGCGUCAAUACUACACGAGCGACAAUAAAAGGAACCUCUGAUUGUCAGACAACUCCAACCUCUGCUCAGAGGGAUUGGCCUUGCAAGGACUUUGCGGAAUUCAAAACAUGCUCUGACUUGACGACUGUCACGGUCAGGCAGAACGAAAACACUCCGGAAAAUGUGGCCAAUGGGUCUGUCACGAAACGACCAACACCAACUUCUUCAUCGAGACCACCGACCAUCGUCCUUCGCACCGCACCCAGUAAAGAGACAGCACCUUUCUUGUUCCAAGACUUAGAACGAGAACAAGCCAAACAGGAGAAACUCGUCAACGAUCUUGCAAAAGUGACAUAUGACGAGGCAACACCAGUUCCGCAAUCCAAAACCACUACGCCGUUCCCACCGCGCACUUCGUCGCGGAAACCAAAGCCACCCCCAAUCAUUGUCUCUCCACCUGAGCGUCAUCUUCCGUCAGUCAGCUUCCUGGCACAACGAGCGCCAAAAGCAUACGCAGUGAGCCAGGAUAACAUCAAAAAGCCACGCAAUGUAAAGACCUUUUCACAGAGUAUUUCUCCACGCACUGAUUCUGUCAAGGGAAGGAAGAUCUCACAUGUCCUGGCACAUAGUCCGUCGAGUUCAAGCAAGAAGAAGGUCAUUUCCAACAUCCGGGGCCUGUUCCAUAAGAAGUCCGUCGAAUCGAUUAAGGCUGAAACAGCUUUCACCGAAAGUGGCGAUGUAGCAGAUGAGGUGUACCCGAAGCCGGGCCGAGCAGCUGUUGAUCCUGGUUUUGUACGCUGUAAACCAGCCCCAACCGCAACGUUGGGGAGUCAGAAAGAGAAGAGAUUGAAUCACCCAACCCACAUGAAUUCUAGCGCCGAUGAAGGAACGGGACAAGGCAACACAAAGCCAAACCGAAACGGCUUGGUGGAGCCAGAUUAUCCGUUUUUCGUCCAAGAAAGCCAGCUAAAGGAACCACGAGAACAACUCAAUGGCAUGGGCACGAGAGCGCUGCGGCGCCAGAAUCCAUUUACCAGCCCCACAACACCCUUCACGGCAAAUCUACAAACAUCAACUUAUCCAACUUCGCCACUCGCAAACAGUGCAAUGGCCACCAAUGCGACAGCAAACAAGAUCGCCUCUCCCACCACUCACGCCCAUCCCCAAGCACGGUCACCCACUACUUUAGCCCCCACUACUCCGCCAAUACUUGCUGCCACGACAGCCCUAACCCAUACUCUGCUGGACCUCGCGCGCAACUCGACCGAGUCGGUCCGCAAGGCACGUCUUAUCGAACUAUCAAAGUGUAUGGUUGAAGUGGUCAACACAGCUAGGGACGCGGAAAAGGCAAUGGAAAAGGCCCGGAUGGAGGCAAGUCGGGCAGAGUGCGCCUGGCUGAAGUGUUUGAAGGAGGUUGCGCAGGCGGAAGGGAUAGUCAAGGGGAUUGUUGAAUCUCUGACCUCGGAAAUGUCAAAUGCUUGA